AUGGUUGAAGUGUCUCUUACUGUCGGCAAGUUGGAUGCCUCAUUGGCAUUGCUCUUGACCAAAGACCAUCACUUGAUUGAAUUCCCUACGAUUUUGCUCCCCAAUGGAGUGAGAGCUGGUUCAAUAGUGAAGAUCAAAUGUGACCAAGAUCUCGAGAGCGAAAAAGAAGAAGCCAUCAAGUUUCAAAACAUCCAAGAUGAUAUCUUUAAGACUUUUGCCACCAAUGCUCCGCAGGCACCGAAGUUGCGAGUCAAGAAUGUGACUCAAACGUCAUGUGUUUUGGAAUGGGAUCAAUUGCUGUUGGGCACUGCCAAUUUGAAGAACUUAAUCUUGUUCAAAGAUGGAGUGAAGUUGGGUUCAAUUCCUCAGCCGUUGACCAAUAGAACUUCUAAGCUUUCCGGAUUACCAAUUGAUAAACUUUUUAAAUUUCAGUUGCGAUUGGAUACAACUGCAGGCACUUUUAUGAGUGAAGAGAUUGAGAUAAAAACCCACAAGAUGACCGACCUUUCAGGUGUUACUGUAUGCAUUGGAGAUUUAAGCCCCAAUGAUCCAUUCUCAAGGUUGGACAUAGAAGAGGCAUUGGUCAAUAUGGGUGCCAAACAUCCUUCUCAAGAUCAAGUUAAAGUUGAUACUACGCAUUAUUUGUGUACGAGGGAGAACAAGCAAAAUCCAGAGUACAUCAAGGCAAAUGAUAUGAAUAUUCCAAUAAUCAGGCCUGAGUGGUUAAAAGCAUGUGAAAGAGAGAGGAGACUUGUUGGAGUUCGUGAGUUUUAUGUCAAGGAGUGUGUUUUGCCUGAUUUGUUUGCCAAAAAUUAUUGGGCAAAACCUAGUGGUGGCGCUAACGCCAAUGUUGGUUCAGGUGUUAAUCCAGGUGUUGAUGCCACUAAUCAGCAAAGCACUUCUACUAAAGCAAGUAAUGAAACGGUGACACCAUCAAUAAACGUAGAGAAUGCCGAAGGUUCACAACCAAAAGAAGCUAGAGAAGAAGAAGAAGAAGAAAAAGAAGAAAAAGAAGAAAAAGAAGAAAAAGAAAAAUACAAAAAACAGGAAGAAACAGUUUCACAAACCCAUCCGGAGACUGAUAAGGAUUUAAAAGAGGAAAAUGAAACCAAGACCAAUGAGGAUAAACAAACAGAAGCAAAGCAAAAGCCUGAAGUCGAUAUUAAGUCAGAGAUUGAAGCUAAUACCGAAACUGAUGACAAAGUUGCCCCUGGUGCAGACUUGAAGCAAAACGAGUCAGUUGUGGAUCCAACACAUCUAGUAUCCAACGAGAAGUUUGAAAAUUCUGCAGAUGGUGACAAAGAGGAUAACACAACGGAGGGUGAUAAAGUUGAAGUUGGUAAAGAGAUUGAUGACGCUUUUGACGAUAUUCCAGUAAACGAGAUAGAGCCUACGGACGUACAUAUUGAGGAGCCUGAAACCGUUGUGAUCAACACUGAGAGAGAAAACAGACCUCUGGUUGUCGCUGAAGCUUUUGAAGAAGAGGAGGAAAAAGAGAAAGAGAAAGAGAAAAAUAAGGAUGAAUCGAAUGCAACUUCAAUUAAUCCUGCUAAUUCUGAAUCUGUUGAUACUGAGGGGAGCUCUAUUGCUACUCAAGAAGCAAAGAUUGGAGAAAAGCCAAUAAUUUUUGAGGAAAUAAGUCUCGAUAAUAAGGCUAUAUCAGAAGACGCGCUGCUCAAAACUGAAGAAAAGACAGUGACAGAGGCUAAGAACGAAAUUGACGACACAGAGAAUGAAGUUCAAAAAGAAAAAGAUGACAGAAAGGACUUUGAAGGUAAGGGGAUGGUUGAGAGCAGUAAUGGUGACGGCGAAAGUGGCAAUGACGGUGACGCCGAUGACGCUGAUGACGUCGAUGACGCUGAUGACGCUGAUGACGGUGACGACGAUGGCGACGACGAAGCUGAUGGAAAAUCUACUGAAGAGGGAGCUUUAAAAGAAACUUCAACCGAACCUGAAGGAGGUAAUUCCAACGAUAAGACAAAAAAGAAGAACAAGAACAAAAAAAAGAAAAAAGGUAAGAAGUAG